AUGUGCGCAACGCAGAACGAACAGUCACUCAUGGUUUCGGCAGUGCAGGUUGAUCCAGACAUCAUCAUGAUACCUUCGGCCGAACUGAAACUAAGGUACUAUCUGGAGCCCAAGUCCACUUACUUCACAAAAUUCAGCUCACACUGCUCACACUGUGUGGUGUCUCGACGACAACUCAGUGGUGAGAAGGCGAAUUUAUUGACCGGAAGGCUUGGAGAACCUGGUAAUAUCCCAGCCCUCGUGCUCCCUUCGGAUGGCAUGGCAGCUGGGGACCGAAAGAGUGCUAUAGCUUAA